GUGACGCUGCUCAGACUGCGCUGAAGUUCCUUCUUCAGAACCACACAUCAUUUUAGAGAAGUUAGUUGCCACUAUGGUGCCUGGGGGCUUAACUGAGGCCCAGCCUGCUACUCCAGAAGUCCAGGGUAUUGCUGAUGAGGUGAAGGCGGAAUUGGAAAAUAAGGUGAACAGGACAUAUGGGAUCUUUAAAGCCAUAAUAUUUAAGACGCAGGUGGUUGCUGGGAUAAACUACUUUAUUAAGGUCCAAGUUGCCGAUGCCGACUAUGUCCACCUAAGGGUGUUUCAGAGCCUUCCUUAUAAGCAUGAAAGUCCCAGGCUUGAUGGUUAUCAAACCGGCAAAACCAAAGACGAUCCUCUGGUCUACUUCUAGACACAAUGAGGAAUGGUGCCUCACUUCUGCCAAGUCGCAUGUGGGUUCUGCCUGUGUCAUCAGGAAAUGCAUGAAAAUAAAAUAAGUUUUGAAAGCUA